CGGUUGGCAAGGUAUGUGUGAAGGCUGGGGAAUAAGGCGAGUUUUGGGGGUCGAGAUUGGACGAACUGCAAAGUCUUACGGCCGGGGCAUAUCUCCAGGACGCGGCUCUCUGCACAGGAAGCCAUGCUGCAUAUGCUGCAGGCUCAAGCCCCAGUGACCCUAUGUCGCUCCGCCGGUGGUCUAGCGGUCAGUCGUUCGGUUUCCCCACGGUCAUGUCUGAGAUCAGCCUUGUGGUCGGUGGCCGCAAAGCCCCCAGAUGGACUUAGCCUCGUCGCAUCCAACUCAACACCAGCGCGAGGGAUUUUCGUGUGAGGCAAUUACCGAUGGACGCGCUGGAUGGGAAGUCUGCGAUUGGGUUCUUGUAAGUCUCGCAACUGGUGCGCAUAUUUGCCUGCGGAGGACUUCUUGUCCCGUGCUGGGCAUCGCCCUGCGCUCAGAGGUUAGUGAGCAGCCCUCGUGCUCAGUGGGACCCGGUCUACGGAAAACCCUAUCAAGCGUCCGCAGAAACGGCAUGCUCUGGACAGUGUCUGCGUUCCCUUGCUUCAGGGCUCCGCGUGGAGGCUGUGACGGCGUGGCGGUUGACGUACGCAACGACUGGCGAACGGUUGAGCCCAAAGCACACAACGACGUCGCGCGCGGGACGGAUGCCUCGGACGCACCAAAGUCCCGCAUUGCAGAUGGACAGGGGCGUGGGGCGGGUCUGAAGGAGCUGGGAGGCGUCCAGCGGGCCUUCCAAGCCGUGGGAGAGAACAUGCAGACGGGUAUUCUGGCAAACUGGGAACGAGGGGGCGGAUACCUUGCAGAAGCUCGAGCUGCACCACACCGGAGGAGUCGAACUUGCACAAAGCCCCAAACCCGGUAUUCGGGGCGUCUGGAGCACGAAUCAGCCGAUUCUUCGUACUUCGUAGCCUUGUGUUGGAAGCAAUCACUAUAGAAAAGCCAGGCCGCCAGGUCGAGAGGCACGGUUGUGUUCGUUGUUCUGUCUCCCGUCAAUAUGUGAUUAUCACUGGAAAUAAAGAUGACACCCUUUU